ACCGUCAGCAUAGAUAUCGACUGCCGUGUCAUUGUAUUUGUCAGCAGUCGACAGGUAAGGAUCGAAACCACACCUUCCGAGUUAGAACCAGGUCAAAGUCACAGAAUUCAAGGCCACCAUGACCAUCGAGCUGUACGUUGAUCUGAGAUCCCAGCCAUGCCGUGCUGUGGUCAUCUUUCUCAAGCUGACGGGUAUUCCACAUGAGCUUAAAUACAUCGACAUCUUUGCGGGCGAGCACAAGAAGCCAGAGUUCGCGAACAACUUCCCACUCCAAACACUUCCAGGACUGAAAGAUGGCGAUUUCUACCUCGGUGAAAUGGUGGCUAUAUUCCAUUACCUGAUCAAUACGCAUGCCGACAAGAUUGAGGAUCAUUGGUACCCUAAGGACCUGAAGUCCCGUGCACGUGUGGAUGAGUACAUCGCCUUUCAUCAUACAGGCACUAGGGGCAAGUGUAUGGCACUCUUCGUGGCUGAGGUAUUUGCUCCUGUUCCGGAUCAGGACAAAAUCAAGACUGAGGCAGAGAAUCUCAAGCAAGGUUUGGACAAGAUCGAGAAGUGUUUCCUGAAAAAUAAAUACUUCCUCUGUGGCAAGCAGAUAUCUAUCGGUGAUAUCAUGGCUGUUUGUGAGUUCGCGCAGUUCACCGUCCAAAAUCGGGACAUCUUUAAAGACAACCUCCAGAUUAAGGGGUACAUGAAUAGAGUGAAGGCGUGUCUCCAGCCAGCUUUCGAUGAGGUCAAUGUUAAGUUAUGUGAUUGGAGAGAUUCGCUCGCGAAGUAGACCUUCCGGAGAUUGAGGUCAUGACACGUUCUGCUUCUGAAAACAAAUCCUCAUUACGUACUGCCACCAUUAAAGAUUCUAUGUCCCUUUUGCAGCCAACAUCAAAUUAUGUAGAACUUUGCAGGAAUUAUGAAUAUGUCAUGUAUGUCCUAUCUGUUUAAUU